CGCCCACGGGACGUGAAGAAGUGUGCGAAUUUACGUUGCCCCCUAGUUUUGUAAACAGUAAGAGUGUUAUUAUGGAGGCUUGGUAUAUGGACGAUUCGAACGAAGAUCAGAGACUACCCCAUAAACUCGACCCAAACGUACCCGUCACUUUGGAAGAGUUACAGAAAAUAGGAGUUUUCCACUGGAAGUUAAAUGCUGACAUUCACGAGACAGACCCGGAGCUGCAGAAGAUCCGUGAGGAAAGGGGUUAUUCCUACAUGGACAUCAUAACCAUCCAUCCGGAUAAGCUACCCAGUUACGAGGAAAAGCUGAAGAUGUUCUUUGAAGAGCACCUUCACCUUGAUGAUGAGAUUCGCUACAUAUUAGAGGGGAGAGCGUACUUUGACGUCAGGGACAAAGACGACAAGUGGAUCAGAAUCGCUAUGAGCAAGGGGGACAUGAUAACCCUGCCAGCGGGGAUAUACCACAGAUUCACGCUGGACCAAACAAACUACACGAAAGCAAUGAGGCUUUUCGUAGGCGAGCCCGUGUGGAAAGCCUACAAUCGGCCGGCAGAAGACUUCGAGAUCCGGCAGAAAUAUGUGAACUCCCUCGCUGCCUGAGUUUGAGCGCUGUGUGAUGUGGGUGCACGUGUUACCAUGGUUACUCGCUGAACUCUUACCGUAGCAGAGAACAGUUGAACAUCGCAAGACGUUCUGCUCAAACGCCUUAUUUUCUGUUCCUUUAUAGCAAAUAGAUCUUGUGAAAGGUAGAUUUUUAUUGGGUAAUACAAAUAAAUGAUUAUCUCAAAUUGAGGAAAUAAUUGGGGGGGGGGGGGGCAGUUGUUCUGAUUCUGAGGAGCAAAGCUUCAUUCUCGUGCCCGUACAGGGAGAGUCAACACAUGCACGCUGGACAGGUGAUACAGUCAACUCUAUUGUGAAGUUAGAAACAUUGUUUAAUAAAGGGCUUUCCGUCUAGAGCAUAUGUGACUCAGGACACACACACCCAAUGUGGGAGAGGCCUCUUGCUUGUUUCAGCACUAUAAUAUUAUACAACAGGGUGAGCAGUAGGUUCCCGUGAACAACAUUCACACAAUAUUCUUCCACACAUUUCCUGUUAAUUAUAUGCUUUCUCUUGUCGAUUAAAUUUUAGUUUGAACUAUUUCAGGGUAUGAAUAUGAAAAAAGUACCAAUAAACAAGAUUUGCUUACAAGGCAGUCUAAAAUUCUUAUACUGUUUUUAAGGAAUAUUAAAAAAAAACACUUCUAGUUUUUAGAGCUUUAGGGGUAAGUACAGAAGUAUUCAGCUCAUAAUAUUUGAGAAAUUGUAACCACUGACAUUAGCUGGGACAGACAGAGGAGUGAAUAUUGUAACCUUUUUAAUGCAAU